UUCUGAGCGUGCUGGCGAUUUAAAAUGCGCUGAGAACCCCGCUAUGAAACAGCAUGUUAUCACGAUGUCGCACCAAGAAUACCAAACGAAAAUCUCUAAUAAUCGCCCAGUCCUUGCCGGAAACGUAAGACUUACCUCAGUUAGAAUAUAAAGCGACACUUUUAUAAGCCAGUGCUGCACCCUCUGAUCAUUUGAUUUCGGAACACUAUGGGACUCAACCGUGUUUAUCCUGUUUCUGUCACAAUAGAACCUUGCUAUUCAGUAGGUUCUGCAAGGUGUGGUGGAUGAGAGGAGCUUCAUCUGAUGAACCCAGUUUGUACCUUGAGCUUCGGUUUUUUGCACCUUAUUUCUAAUUUGAGUAGCGGGCAGUUUCGCGUCUUUCUGAGUUACCUAUGAGCACAUUAAUUUUCAGGAAGUCCUUUGUUUCUCGUCCGGAAGAUCUGACUUAACAUUAGGACUUCUACCCAAACGCAUGAUGAAGAUUAUCUGCUUGCAGGUACAAGCGCAAGCUUCACCAGUCAAAGAACGUCCGAACGAAUGUCCGAAACCUGGAAAGCGAGAGGGUACUGAAACCUUGCCAAGUGGAAUAGUGGAGGCUACUUCAGACCUUGAACGUAGACACUUAUGGAAGGUUUCCGAAAACGAUGCAGCCAUGUCUCAAAACCUUCUUGCUAUGGCUGUUGGUAUCAAGCAGAAAAGCAAUGUGGAUAAAAUUAUCCAGAAGUUCCCCGCAGACAAUUUUACGAUCAUGCUCUUCCACUACGAUGGACAAGUAGACGCGUGGAUGGAUAUGGAGUGGACUCCUCAAGCAAUUCAUGUAAUGGCUGCCAAUCAGACAAAAUGGUGGUAUGCCAAGCGGUUUCUGCACCCGGACAUCGUCGCGAGGUACAAUUAUAUAUUCCUCUGGGACGAAGAUCUCGGGGUGGAAGUUUUCCACGCUGACAGAUAUCUAAACAUCAUGGAAGAUGAAGGACUUGAGAUUUCUCAGCCUGCCCUCGCUUCAAGCUCUUCAGAGGUUCACCACAUUUUAACUGUACGCCAACCCACAGAGAGAGUUCACAGACGCUUGAUAACAGGAACUGGAUGGAACUCAUGUAACGCCAAUAGCACCGGUCCUCCGUUGUUUUCUCGGGCUGCGUGGAGGUGCACUUGGUACAUGAUUCAGAAUGACUUAGUUCAUGCCUGGGGUCUAGACUACAAGCUUGGUUACUCUGCCCAGGGAGUUCGCAGUGAGAAAGUGGGUAUCAUCGACAGUGAAUAUAUUGUUCACGAAGGCAUUCCCUCCUUGGGAGGUCAACCUCAUGACAAGACUGCAGAGAGUCAAACAAAUCUGAGGACUGCUAACGUGCUUGACGCUAGCCUCCUGGAUCCCGACGCUGUGGACACUCGAGGAGAGAUUAGAAAUAGAUCUAAAGUUGAGCUGCAAGCGUUCUCACGACGAUGGAGAAGAGCAGCUGCAAGCGAUCCAGAAUGGAUGGAUCCAUUCAAAGUAGAGCUUCCGUCCGAAGAAAACCAUUACGCUGUUGAAACCAAGCCAGAUGGAAGAUUUGCUCCAGUUGAUCCGCCGGCAAAGCAAGCCAAGAAAGCCUCGAGAAAUAAAGCCAGAGGACCGAAUAGGACAGGGUAAUGGAAACAACCUCAAAGGAGCUGAUCAUUUUUCCUACACUGCAGAGGCCGUAAGAGGUCAAGCGGGCGCCAGAUGCUUUUUCUGUCGCUUUAAGUAGGGGUGGUAUAGCGUAAUGCUCCGUCCUUAUAUUGUACAAUUUACAAUUGUCUCAUGCACCUCAUCGUUGCGUUCACUUUGAGCUCAGAUGGCUACUGUCCAGCGAAAAUGAACGGAGCAUAUAUCUUCUGUGUUAGGACUCAAUUGCUUCUAUAUGCUACCUUCGGUUUAGAUUUAGGUCGUCAACGCUGAUAUAGCUAAGAGGGGUCCUUUCAAUGCAACUCAAGGAUAUUAUUAGGAACAGGACUGUCACCGAGAUCGACUGAGCGGAAGGAACUCGAUUUAAAGAUUUUGAAGUGGAAAGACCUCCAGACUCUGGAACUAGAACUGUGCAUGCGCUCACAUGCUUGACAGAUGAGCUAGAAGAACAAUCACACCAGCAGUGGAGAGCCUGGAGUACUGGUAUCUUCAGGAAACUUCCACACAGCUGAUUGGUUUCUUCUGAAGCUAGAAGUUAUAGACUACUGUCCCAAUAUUCAAAGCAGCAAAAAAACGGAACAUGCUUUGUCCACCAAGAUGACGACGCAUGUGCC